AUGCCAGCCGCAGCGUCCAAACACCACGAUGGCGGGCCCCCUCUUGUCUUCAUAACGGGGGCGACAGGACACAUUGGCUUUCGCAUUCUCGUUCACUCCCUCGAAGCAGGCUACCGUGUACGCAUCGCCAGCCGCACUCUCACUUCCGCUAAACGUCUCGCCACUCUGCCAUCCAUCAAGCCGUACGCUGACAUCAAAACCACCGACGGUGACCCCAUCGUCUCCUUCACCGAGAUUCCAGACUUCCUAGUCCCAACGGCAUUCGACAUGGCCCUCCAAGACGUUACCUACGUCAUCCACGCCGCCUCUCCCCUCCCUGACUUCACUCUGACGAGCUUCGACCUCGACGCCGACUACCUGAACCCCGCCAAAGACGGCACUCUCAACCUCCUCCAUGCCGCCACCAAACACCCUAGCAUCAAACGUGUCGUCAUCACCUCAAGUGUAGGCGUCCUGACCCGCCCGGUCCCGCCAGCCCUCGCAACCAAGAUCAUCGGCCCAGACGACACAGCAACUGUACCAUCUCGCGAUGCCAUGGCGACGCACUCCGGUCGCGCAUACAAUGGCUCCAAAAUCCUUGCCUUGCUCGCAGUCGACGAGUUCGUAGCCACCCACCAUCAGAGUCUCGGAUUUGAUGUGGCGCACAUUCUCCCCUCGUACGUGCAAGGUCGCAACGAGGCUGCAACAUCACUCAAAGACUUGGCCGGGAAGACCUCCAACGCUAAUAUCGUUCGUUUUGUCCUUGGACAGAAAUCUCAAGUGCCGGAUUUUACGGACCUGGUCCAUGUCGAUGACGUUGCGGCUGCGCAUGUGAAUGCGUUGGCUGCUGAACUGAGUCAAAGUAAGGGUAAAGGGGAGGUGGAGAAGAUUGUGAGGAAGAGGUUCGCCGAUGAGGUUGAGAGGGGCGUGUUGCCGCUGGGGGGCAGUGCGAAUGUUGUGACGGUGGGGGAGAUGGGGCAUGAUGUUGGGUUGACGGAGGAUGUGCUGGGGUUGAAAGGAAGGUGGAAGGGGCUCGAGGAGAUGGUGGUCAGUUUGGUUGGGCAGGUUGUUGAGUUCGUGGAGAAGGGUGAGAGAUUGUAG